GCCUUAAGUAAACUUCCUGGAGGAGGGAAUUUCCCUCGGGAAGGUGACUGGGUGAGGUCUCCUCUACUCUGGGGACAUCCUUGAGGACUCUCCCUUAACAUUCCCAAGAACAGCUGGAUGAGGGAGCCAUGGGAGUCUCAAGGGACAGUGAGAUGAAGAAGAGCAGCAGGAAGCGAAAGAAGGAGCUGGAGAAAGGGCAGGAGGUGCCAAAGGAAUUCAGGACAAAGAUUGGGAAGAAGGAGCCGGAAUGUUCAGUGCAGUUCCCUGUAGGAAAAGGGAAGAAGAAGGAGAAACCACCAGAGGUCGAGGAGAAGCCGCUGCAGGAGAACGUCAUCAGCAGCUCCCUAAAGCAGGAGGCUGCAGGAGGGAAAGGUCUUGGCUCAAGCCCGUGGAAUGGGAUCCAAGCUGAGGAAGGAGCUGCCCCGGGCUCGGAGGAGACCAAAGCAACCCUUCCCCAAGGGCCAUCCGUGGAGCUCCAAGACUCUUCAGGGUCCCAGGACAAACUCUGGGAAGCAGGACCUGCAGUGGGACAGCAGCUCUUGGAGAGCCAGCAUGGAAUUGGGAUCCCAAAGCCAAGUGAUGGUGUUGCUGGUGGGAUUUCCUCCCCCUCUGGAGAUCCUGGGAAUUUGGAGAUGGAUUUGGAGCUCGCAGAUGACGAAGGGGCUGAGAGAGACAACACAACAGUGUCUGCGUGGGAAGAGGAAAAGAAGGAAGAUGGAGUCAAGUGGACGCAGUUGGAGCACAAGGGCCCCUACUUUGCCCCCCUUUACGAGCCCCUUCCUGAAGACGUUCGCUUUUAUUACGCCGGCAACAACUCCGAGUAG